CGCCCGCGGGGAGAGCAGCGCCGCGGGCCCCGCGCGCACCGGCCCCGCCGAGCCCGACCCGGGCGGCCGCGGCUGCUAUGCGGCUUCGCGGCGCACGGCCUGUACCGGGUUUGUGCCGACGCCUGCCGGACACUGACCCAGCUGAGGAUUCAGGACACCGACUGUGAGCAGGGGACCCUGAGGCUGCCACCCCCACAAAGUGCCAGGUCUGCAAGGGAAAGGGUGAUGCGCCCAGCUCCAGCUGCUGCCUGCUGAGCUUGAGGAGGAGUUUUGGAGACUACCUGGGACGCUCCCCCCAACAACAGCAGCACCCCAAUCCCAACGGGCAGCGCUGAGCCCGCCACACACCGCAGCCUUUACGCCAAGGAGACGUCGGACCAAGCCUGAGAGGGGUCAAGGGGCACAUUAUUCUUUCCCCCGGUGUCAAUUCCUGCCCUGACACCCCGACGGCACUGCCCUCACCCCCCGGCAGCCCCUUCCAGGGCUGCCUCUCCCUGGCGCUGCCCAGCCUUGGCCCCCAGCCCCGCUGGAGCGCGGCAGCCUGCCGGGCGCUGCCCCCCGGGCACUGCCCCCCGGGUGCAUCGCCCCCCGCCCGCCCGGGGACCCCCCGCCCGCCGGCAGAGCCAUGAAGCUGCAGGCGGUGAUGGAGAACCUGCAGCGGCAGCAGCGCGCACGGCUGCAGCAGGCGCUGGAAGCACGGCAGCAGGAGCAGCAGCAGCAGCAGCAGCCUCCGCGCUGCACGUCCCCACCAGCGCAGCCCUCGCAGCCCCCGGGGCAGCCCCCUGCCAGCAGCCGGGGCCGCGGGCAGGAUCCGGCCCCGGCGCCCUCGGAGGAGGGAGCGGAGCCCGAGAGCGCGCACAUCCAGCGGGCACAGAUGGCCGCCCUCGCUGCCAUGCGGGCGGCCGCUGCCGGCCUCAGCCACUCGCCCAGCCCGGGGCUGUCGGAUGAGAGCCAAGGCUCCGAGGAGGAGGAAGAGGAGGAGCGCGGCGAGGAGGAGGAAGAUGGCGGCGGGUACCAGCAGGAGAUGGGCUCUGAGGAGGAGGAGGACCUAAAGGGCAAAUGGGAUGAAGAUGACUUUGAAGAGGACCUGGGUGAGGAGGAAGAGGAAGAAGAGGAGGAGGAGGAAGAGGAAGACUAUGAGGAAGAAGAAGACAUGGGAGAGGAAGGGCUCAGCUCAGCAGGGGCGGUGCGGGCGGGUGCGGGAUCCCUGCUGCUCCGCAAGCCCCCAGCACCCCAGCACUACCGGGGGGAGCCAGCACGGCUGCCAGGGGGACAGGAGCGGCUCCCCCCCGGCCUGGGCCACGCUCAGCCCCCACCACCAGCACCUGACCACGGCGACUGGACCUACGAGGAGCAGUUCAAGCAGCUGUACGAGCUGGAUGGUGACCCCAGGAGGAAGGAGUUCCUGGAUGACCUCUUCAGCUUCAUGCAGAAGCGAGGGACCCCCGUGAACCGGAUCCCCAUCAUGGCCAAGCAGGUGCUGGACCUGUACAUGCUGUACACACUGGUGACCGAGAAGGGGGGUCUGGUGGAGGUCAUCAACAAGAAGCUGUGGCGGGAGAUCACCAAGGGGCUGAGCCUGCCCACCUCCAUCACCAGCGCGGCCUUCACCCUGCGCACCCAGUACAUGAAGUACCUGUACCCCUACGAGUGUGAGAAGCGCGGGCUGAGCAACCCCAACGAGCUGCAGGCGGCCAUCGACAGCAACCGGCGGGAGGGCCGGCGGCAGGGCUUCGGCGGCUCCCUCUUCGCCUACUCGCCCGGCGGCACCCACGGCCUCCUCUCCUCGCCCAAGCUGCCGGUGCCGGCGCUGGGGUUGGCCUCUGCCACCAACGGCGGGGCCAUCACGCCAGGCCAGAAGAUCAAGAAAGAGGAGGACUCUCCCAUCCCCAUCUCCAUGCCCAGCCGGCUCCCGGUCUCCCUGGCCGGACACCCGGUGGUGGCGGCGCAGGCGGCCGCGGUGCAGGUGGCGGCGGCCGCCCAGGCCGCGGCGCUGGAGCAGCUGCGGGAGAAGCUGGAGUCGGGGGAGCCCCCGGAGAAGAAGCUGGCGCUGGUGACGGACGAGCAGCAGCGGCUGAUGCAGCGGGCGCUGCAGCAGAACCUCCUGGCCAUGACGGCCCAGCUGCCCAUGAGCAUCCGCAUCAACAGCCAGGGCACGCGCUCGCCAGAGAACCGCCCGGACGCCGCUGCCGCCAGCAGCAACGGCACCAACAGCAUCAGCAUGUCCGUGGAGAUCAACGGCAUCGUCUACACAGGUGUGCUGUUCGCCCAGACGCCCGGCCCUUCCUCCUCUUCCUCCUCCUCCUCCUCCUCUGCCUACAGCAAAGGCAACGGUGGCAGCAGCCGGAGCAGCGGCGCUGGGAACGCGCCCCCCGGCCCGGCCGGCCUGGCCGUGCCCCCCAGCUCUACCUCCAACAGCGCUUCGCCUUAACGCCCCCGAGCCACGGGGCACCGGGGCUCACCGGGGCUCACCGGGGCUCACCAUGGGCUCACCGGGGCUCACCGGGGCUCACCGGGGGCUCACC